AUGCGGCUGCUGUUCCCCUUUGCGACAUUGCUCUCGUCCGUGGUGUCUCAGAUUUUUGAGCCUGCCGACUUCAGCGUCACCGAGGCUCUUCUUAAUCAAGGUGUCAAUGUCUCCGCACUGCCAGAGUUAGCCGGCCUUGUAGGUCGGUCAUCCAACCUGGCCUGCCACAUCGCCUGUUCUUCGCUGGAGGUCGUCUAUGGCAACAAAUCUGUCGAGUUCCAGGAUGAGGUCGGCUACUCCACGUUCACAUCCAGCUUCUGGUCUGGAAUCUCGGCCGAGGUCAGGCCAUACUGUAUCUUCAAGCCCUCGAGCCCGGCCGCUGUUUCGGUAGUGGUACUUCUGUCUCGGCUAUCAAAGUGUCCGUUUGCCGUCAAGUCAGGUGGCCACAGUGCGUUCGCCGGCGCAGCUACUAUCGAGGGAGGCAUCACUGUAUCUUUCGAGAACAUGAAGGGCAUCGAGCUUUCAGACGACAAGCAGACCGUCGCAGUCCAACCAGGGAAUGUAUGGGGUAAUGUGCUUACCGCUUUGUCGACCACCGGCGUCACAGUCGUAUCUGGAAGAAUUGGUGAUAUCGGAGUUGGUGGACUCACCCUCGGUGGCGGCAUAUCGUUCCUCACGAAUGCGUACGGCCUAGCUUGUGACAACGUCGCUAGCUUCGAUGUAAGUUCGCUGCGCAACCCCACGACAUCGCGCUCUUCUAACAUUGAUCAGAUUGUCACGGCAAGCGGCAUCAUGGUAACGGCAAGCCCAACGACCUUCCCAGACCUUUACUGGGCUCUUCGCGGUGGCGGCAAUAACUUCGGCAUCGUAACCAGCUUCAACCUGACGACAAAACCCCUCGACAAUGAUCAGAUCUGGGGAGGGACCCGCACUUUCACUGAGGACAAAUUCCCGGAUGUGAUCAAGGCGUGGAUGGACCUCACGUUCAACUCGGCCCAAGACCCCAAGGCCGGUAGCUGGGUUGCCUGGUUGGACAAGGGCGUGAAGCUUGCGUCAACCGAACUCUGGUACGGCGCACCAGCUGGUAACGAGUCGGCUAUCCUCGCACCUUUCUACAACAUCACCGCCGUGGCUGAUAGCACGAAAACGCGAGGCCAUGCUUCUUACGUGAUCGACAACGAAGCUACCAACAAGUAUGGGCUUCGUGAGGUCUAUUACGUUAUCUCAGUCAAAGCCUCCUACGAGAUUGCCCAACGCUCUGUGGACAUCUUCUACGAUUCGAUUGGCGCUCUCUCCGCCGUCGAAGGCGCAUAUCCUGUUCUCAUUUGGCAGCACAUCACCGACGGUUCCCUCAAAGGCAGUACCCGCAACGGCGGCAGCGCGAUGGGCUUCGACGCCAACGGCAGCCCUAUCCACAUCAUCCAGCUAGCGUGCUCUUGGAACAACGCUGCAGACGAUGAUACCGUGUACCAGGUCAUGUCAGAUAUCAUGGAGGCGAUCAAGAGCGACGCGGUGAAGCUGGGUGUGCAGAAUGACUGGGUGUAUAUGAACUACGCAGCGAUGUUCCAGGACGUCAUUGCGAGUUAUGGGUCGGACAGCAAGAGCAAGAUGAAGACUGUUGCGAGCAAGUAUGAUCCGAAAGAGGUGUUUCAGAAGCUGCAGCCGGGGUACUUCAAGUUGGAUCGUGCGCCGGUGCCUGAUGCAAGGUACUUUUCGUACUAA